AUGCACUCCAGCUUGGCUGAUCAGUGCAUCACUGGUGCUGGUGUGGCCGACUCGAACAUGGUUCCUGACCGGCCCACGCCUGACGAUAUCCCAGGUGCCACCGACAACCUUGGUGCGCCAGAAGCACUCCCAACACCCACCACUCUCCCCGAAAGUCCCGCAGACUCAUCAGAGAAUAUGGCAGAUCAAUGUAUUGUCUGUCUUGAAGAUUUAAACGCAGUUUCCGAGCCAAAUGCACACGAAGUGUCGAACGGCAAGGAGGCAGCGGUUCCGAUCUCGAAUACCCUCUCAAAACAACCCGCUGUUUUCAGUAAUCAGCUUGAAAUCGCCGUCAUAAAACCUUGUGGACAUUGCUUGCACGAUGAUUGCUUGCGAGAAUGGACGCAAAAGGCCAAUAGUUGCCCGUUUUGUCGCCAAAUCUUUAAUUUAGUCGAAGUGUUAGAUAGGGUUGGAGGAACCGUGUUAUCCGAAUAUGAAGUCGAGAACAAAAAACAAGUGGCGUCUACAGAUUUCGACCCAGGAUGGAUGGAAGAAGCCGAGGAAGAGGAAGAGGUCAGCAUCUGUCCUAUAUGCUCAGGUUCAGACAACGAAGAUGUACUAUUAUUGUGCGAUGCUUGUAAUGCGCCGUAUCAUACAUAUUGUGUUGGUCUAUCAUCGGUUCCCAGCGGCCAGUGGUUUUGCAUGGAGUGUCAGGAUGACGGUACGGAAGCAAGAGCUUUAGAAAUGAGAAGCCUCAUGCCACCCACACGAGGCGUUAGAACCCAAGAAGGCGCACGAAGGAAUCGAAGACGUAUACGAGAAGAUCAUUGGGUUGGCGCUUGGAGUCGCUUCAGCAACAGAGUUCAGGAUGUAAUGGGUAUUGAUCUAGACUUUGAGGAUGAGGAGGACAGCAAUAUGGUCACAUACCGGCAAUUGCAACGGCGAACUUCCAGUCGAGCAAGGGAAUUUGAGCAAUGGCAGCAAAGAGUCAACAUUGCCACUCGUCAAGGUGGUCAGGGUGCGCGCAGAGUAUUUCAGGCAGUGGCACCACCUAUUCGCACUCGAUCCCCACCUACUCCCGUCGAAACGAGGGAAGAAACUCUAGCCUGGGGUGCCUUCGAUAGAUCCAGAGAGAUGGAUGGCGGAGCACCGAGAGCUAGUCGGAAAAGAAAAUCGAGGUCUGGACGAACAUCCGCGACAGCCUCUCCUAUCGAAGGGUCAUCCACCGCACAUAGGGAGCCCGAAAGAAAAUUGAAGCGUCCCCGUACUAGAAGGGUGUUGGAAGGAGAGCCCUCAUCAAGUCGACAGCCAUCUCGGCCUCAGACACGACCAGCAAGCAGAGUAUCGCCAAAUCGCCCAACCUCUCGAAAUGGUGACGGGCCAUCCUUCCUCACUUCUCUUUUGAGAGAGGUCGAAAGAAGCGACGACGAUACAUCUCGGCCUCUGUUUAGCGGUAUGUCGGGAUCUGAUGGUCACCGAGUAACCAGCCCUUCCAUCGAACACUCCUCGCCAGCAGCGUCACCUACCUCGUCAACUGCCCAUACACCAAGAGCGCUGUCAACCACCCCACCUCCACAAUUAGCGAAACGACAUGCUUCGCCACGUCCUAUGACUUCCCAUGUUGACCCGGUGUAUCCAAAACCAGAUUAUUCUCCUAAUCGAUCUCCAGGAGAACCAAGCAGAGAGAUGCAACGACCGAUUAGCCCUUCGACUGAAAUCAGGCAACCACGACCUAGGAGACAAAAAUCCAGGCCUCUCGCACUCGCACGAUCACCCGAGACUUCACCUGCACGAAAAACCAUGUCGGCCGAGGUUAAAGACGGCAUCAAUAGAAUUGUAAAAUACGCACUCACUCCACAUUGGAAAUCGGGGGGUCUCACCAAAGAACAGUAUGUUGAUAUCAAUCGCGAUGUAUCGAGGAAGUUAUAUGAGAUAGUGGCGGAUAAGGAUCUUUCAGCAGAGAAGGAACAUUGGGAGAUGGUCGCCACCAACGAAGUUGCAAAAGCUGUUCAGGCAGUGAAACUUGACAAGGUGGCUACCAACGAAGUCGCGAACGCUGUUCAAGCAGUGAGAACUUGA